UUGAAAAAAUGCAGACUGAAAGUGAAGACACUGUACCAGAGGGAGAAUGUGAAGGCAGCAGGUCGACUGUAACAGCAACAGGAACGACCACUGGAAUCAUUCCGGACGUGUCUUCAGGAGUAAUGGAGUGUGGUGGUUGUGGGGAACGAGUCCGCGAAAGAACUGUCCUCUGCGUCGGCGGCCGAACAUGGCACUCAAGGUGUUUAAGGUGUUGUGCAUGCGCCCGGCCACUUCAUGAUCAACACUCUUGCUUCCUUAGAGGGAUGAGACUUUAUUGCAGGCACGACUACGCUUUAGCAUUUGGUGCUAAAUGUGCCAAGUGUGGACGAAGUGUUAGUGCCGGUGACUGGGUGAGAAGAGCUAGAGAAAGGGUUUACCAUUUGGCAUGUUUCGCGUGCGACGCUUGCUCCCGACAACUCUCUACCGGUGAACAAUUCGCCCUGUUGGAUGCACGAUUGCUAUGCAAGGCUCACUAUCUCGAUGUCGUCGAGGGCAACAACACCUCGUCUGAUGAAGGCGGUGACUCUGAGAGUGGUCACAAAGGUGGAAACAAAGCUAAAAGGGUCCGAACAACAUUUACUGAAGAACAAUUGUCUGUUCUUCAGGCUAAUUUUCAAUUGGACAGUAAUCCUGAUGGUCAGGAUCUCGAAAGGAUAGCUCAUGUCACAGGGCUUAGUAAAAGGGUUACUCAAGUCUGGUUUCAAAACUCAAGAGCGAGACAGAAAAAGCAUUUACAUACAGGCAAAAUGAAAGGACAACACACUCACCAAUCACCACCAAGUUCAUCAGCAUCUGGAGAUUUUGGAAGACAUAUUAAUUUACACUUAACAUAUUCAUUCCAACAUCAGCAGCAGCAUCAACAUAAUCAAGGACACCAAAAUCAACUUAGUCCUGUGGCUUGCAAAAGUCCUACUCCUUCAAUAUAUCACAAUCACAUACUUUCAGGCUCGGAACAAUCGAUGGAUGAACUUUCUCAAGACUCUAUGAUGUUAACAAUGUCUAAUGAAGUCUAAGGAAAGUGAAUGAUUGUGUUAUAAAUGCAUUUCUAUUUGUAAAUAUUUAUAACUCACGUUACUCUUAUAAGAUUUAAAUUGAAAAAGCAGCAAGUGACUUUUUAUGCACUGUGUAGUAAUUGUGAGAGUAUAUAAGACGUUUAGGCCAAAAUAAAAGAUGUAUUUAUAUCAGGAUCAUAAUGUAUGUGAUGUUGAAUUUAAAACUGCUCAAUUUUCAAGCGUUUCUAAAACGAUUGGAUGGAAUGUAAGCUGCAAGUGGAAGUCAAUCUGAUUGUGAGUGUACUUUAUUCGUUAUCAGACUGUAAAAUAUUAUAAAUCUAGACUUUUAAAGUCGAUAUCUUUGAUAUUUAUAAAAAAAAAUCUCAUACUCGCUUCUAAAGCUUAUUUUUUUGUU